AUGGGCGACCGUGCGUGGGUGAACGCGAAAGACAGCUGGUCGAAGCUCUUUGUACCACACGGUCCAGCUCCAAGGUCUGGACACGCGUCAGCAGUAGCGCCCCAAGGAGGCGGCCAAAUUUGGAUUCAUGGAGGCGAAUUCUCUUCUAAAAACGGUGAACAGUUCUAUCACUACAAAGACUUUUGGUGUCUGUCGGUCGACGGAAAAAAGUCGAAUUGGGAAGAAGUGAAAGUCAAAGGAGCUCCAAGCGCCCGGUCAGGUCAUCGCAUGGCCUACUUCCAGAAACAACUGAUAGUUUUUGGUGGUUUUCAUGAGUCUGUCAAGAACUACGUUUACUUUAGUGAUGUUCUCAGUUUUGAUCUUAUUUCGAAAACAUGGACAACUUUGAAACCAGCUGGACAAGCGCCCAGUGGUCGGUCUGGAGUUCAAAUGGGCGUCGUCAGUUCUGGAAUAUUCAUUUGCGGUGGAUUCUCAAAGUUAAAGGCUUCCAAAGACGCAGACAAGGGCCAAAUACAUAGCGAUGCGUUUAUGCUUGCUUUCGACAGUGGAAAAAAAGCGUGGAAAUGGGAGAAAGCAAAGCAAGGUGGAGAAAAGCCCGACCCUAGAUCUGGAACGGCGAUGACGACGGUUAGCGACCAUCGCGUCGUUAGCUUUGGUGGCGCUGACGAUGAAGACAACGAUGACGACCUUUCUUCCGAAUUCUCCGACCAAAUGCACUUUUUCGACUCAAAGACGAAUCGAUGGUUCGUUGCAAACGUUAAUUCCAAGGAUGACGAUUCUAAACGUCGACCAGGCCCGAGAAUGAAUGCACAACUGGCAAUCAAAGGCGGUCAACUAUUCUUAUACGGAGGAAUUUUGGAGCAAGGGGAGAGAAGUUACACACUAAACGAUCUUUGGUCCAUCGAUGUUAAAAAGCUUGACAAAUGGAAACAACUUGUCGUUUGCGAAGGCAUGGACUGGCAAGGCUCGGAUGAUGAAGCAGGAAGUGAGUCUGAAGCCGAGUCUGAAGAAGAAUCAUCUGAUGAAGAGCCGGCCCCGACACCGCGAAAAAAAUUGAAACCUUCUCAUCCUGAUCCAUUUCAUGCUGAAUUAGAACCAGAAUUUCAACAAAGAACGAAGGGGUAUUGGAUGGAACUUUUACUAGAAACUAUGGACGAGGAAGAAGCAGAAGAAGCCGGCGAUGAGGAACUUCAAAGUCAAGCGGAAGAGUUGGCUAGCAAAUGGUAUAAGAAGUCUGUAAAAGCUAGAAUAGGCGUUGCUGAAUAA